GUAUGCUUAGCCACCGCCCACCGACUAAAACGCUGAGCACUUCAAACCUAGUAACUUACCAACAUACGAAAAGAUUCAGCAUCAAUUUCAUCCCAACUCGAUAAAACGUUAGCAUUUAGGAAGUACGGAGUAUAAAUUGUGCUAGAUUUUAUCGAGGUCGGCUGAGAUGCCGUAAAUGUCCAAUCCUCUGCUUAAACCGGGAGAUUUUGCAGAGGCUGUCUGACGAAUUAUUUUCAUUUUUCUCCACUCGACCCUGCCCUUCACGCUACACUCAAGCACCGCUACAGAGCUUUGGUUGUCACGAAAACCAAAAUAGGGCCGGCGAAGGGCGGGGGUUUACUCUGAUUCUGGAAUUCUCCGGGUGAAUUUUGAGAAUUCGCGUAUGUCGUCGUCUCAUACUAAUGAGAAAAAUGGAAUGAUGGACGCUUGUGAUCAAGUAUCUAAUGGUGUAUCUUCGGUGGUGGAUUGUCCCGAAAAGAAAAGGUCAAAGAAGAAAGGGGAUAUAUCAAAAAAUGUAGCAGAGGUUCUUGCUAAGUGGAAAGAACACAAUGCCAAAGUGGACUCUAUGGCAGAUGGGCAAACAACUUCAAGAAAAAUAGCUGCAAAAGGAUCAAAGAAGGGAUGUAUGAAGGGUAAAGGUGGUCCAGAGAAUCACCGUGUUAACUAUAGAGGUGUGAGGCAAAGGACAUGGGGUAAAUGGGUUGCUGAAAUCCGGGAGCCAAAUCGAGGAAGUCGAAUUUGGUUGGGGACCUUUACCAAUGCACUUGAAGCUGCUCUUGCUUAUGAUGAAGCUGCAAUAGCAAUGUAUGGCACAAGGGCCCGGCUCAACUUGCCUAAUUACAGCUUGUCUAGGCAGUCUUUGAAAAAAUCUUCUUCAUCAUUGACUGAGUUGGACUCUCGCUCUGCUUCAAGCCCCAGUGAGGCGACAACAGUAGUGCAGUGCAGUGAUAAAGGAUCAUCUAGCAACUUGGGUUAUUGUGAUGAGAGUCAAGAUGUUACUGCAACUGGGGAGGAUGCAAAUAAUGAAGGGCAUGUCUCUGAAGAUUUAAGAAUGACUGCUGAAGAUCAAGUAGAGUACAAUGAUAAGCUUGAUAUCGUGAUUAGUGAGGACAAGCUAACAAAUGAAGUCCCUUCAAAUGAAUCGAGAGGACUUUUGAUGGAAGAUAAAGGCAUCAAUCAGCAGUUAGAUAUAUUUAGUGGUACAUACAAAGCUGCUAUUGCCCAAGACGAAGCUGCAAAAAGAUUGCAUGGUCCUUGUGUACAGCUCCUUCCUAACUGCAAGUUAGGAAUGAAAUCUUGGACACGUUCUUCUUUGGGGUCAUCGGGAUCUGACUUGACAACAUCAAACCAUGCUGAAGUUAGUACAGCUGGUAAUACAAAGAAGCAGACUAGCUGGAAUGAUGCAGUGACAGUAUGUCUGCAGUGUGGUGAUGAAGGAUUCAGCAAUUCCUUAAUUCAUUGUGUUCAGUGUCAGCAUGUUGCCAUACAUCGUUAUUGCCUUGACAAUUUGCCGAACCCUGUGGAAAAGUUUGUCCAUUGGCUAUGUGAAGACUGUAAAGCUCAUGUUCCAUGCCAAUUCACUAGCCAAAAAUCAGGCCCAUCCAUGAUGGGGAAACAUUAUGCUAUUGAAAAACAUUCUAAUUCAACUCCUGCAGCAGCACUGAACCGAAAGCGCCUCUGCAAUCUCAUUGCUGAGUCAGAAAAGUGCAUCUGUAAGGAUAAUCUUCUGCGAUCUGAUAAAACUUGUACAAAAGUCAACUUGGGACAGGCUGAGGCAAUGGAAAGUGCAUCUUCUCCUCUUGGAAUGAAAUUGAAGAAUGUUGAGCAAGCUAUUUCAACUCAGUCUGAGGAAUGGAGAACACAGAAUAGUUCUUCCCAUCAACAAGAAACACAUGAGAGUGAGUUGACUUCAAUGGAUAAUGGCUCUGUCCUAACUCCUAAUGAGGAGAAAUGUCAUUGGGUAGACAAGAGCAAUGAUGUGCAUAAGCAAUCUCAAUUGUUUUUAGCUAGAGUAGAGGACUGCAAACAGGCAAAUUAUUCCUCAUGUCAAACUUAUUUGGAAAUGGACCCUAGCCAACGAGAGGAUACUAAGUUAACGUGUGGGUUUUGGCCAUCAGAGAAAUCAACACCCUUAUUAAUGGUGAAAGAGCAUGGUAAUUUCCGUCAGCCUACAGUGGCACAUGAAGAAACUGAUUCAGUGGAGCUUGCGCUUUCAAUUGGUGAUUGCUCUUUUAUGAACAAGGAAAUGAAGAAAACAUCAGUUUGUAAGGACAAGCCUGACCAAGAAAAAAAUCCUGAAGAAAUAUUACUUCUCAGCUGUGAGAGCAAUCUCAAAACAAAGACUUUUACAAUACCAGAAUGGCAUGGUCAGUCACAACCUGUUACUGUUCCAAUUUGGAGGGGCAGCUUUAAUAUACUGCAUAACAAGUAUGAUAAGUUUGAUGGAUUUGUUGCUCACUUGUCAAGUAAAGCAUGCAAAAAGGUGCAUGAUGAGGCCCAUUGGUUUCAACAAAUUAUCGACUUCAAAAUGUUUCUGAAAUCUGAUCUGCUGCCAAAGACUUUUGCAAUCGAGGAGCCCAGUGAUGAUAAUAUUGGGCUAUACUUUUUCCCAGAAAGCACAAGAUAUGAAAGAGUUUUUGACUAUCUGGUUGACGAGAUGAUGCGCCAAGGGCUUGCCUUGAGUGCCUUCAUGAAAAAUGCUGAGCUUUUGGUCUUUACUUCAAUGGAACUGCAGCCACAUUAUCGCAGGUUCCAUGGAAAACAUUAUCUGUGGGGUGUGUUUAGAGAAAAGCAGGAUUCCUAGCUGUGAUGCCUUUGUAUUCAGAUUCUUCAUAUCAGGUGGGCACCAAAAGGGCAACAGUGCUGUCUGUCUAGCCCUUCUAAAAAUUUGUAGUAACUUCAUACCUGGGGAAGUUUUAGCAUUUUUUUUUUUUUUUUUUUUGGGUUUUGCAUUUUGUAGUGUACCUUAUCAUAAACGAUCUCAUAUAUACACUAUGUAUCCCAUUCCCAACUUGUCUUUGCUUGAAUUCUUCUUAAAGAUGAUUAGACUUGAAGUCACAAAAUAUCAGUGCCCGGGUCUAGUUAUAUUUUGUAACCCAAUUUAGUGUUAGCUAGUGAUGUGUUAUAACUAAACUAGUUGAUUCCUGUUUUUUUUUUUUUUUUUUUUCUUACACAUUUUA